AGCUUCCCAAUUGGAAGUGUCCUGUAAUAUCUGAAAAAUUAUGCAAUCUUUAACUCAUUAUUUCUAAGAGAUAUUAACAUUUUACAUUUGCGGAAUGGCCGAAGUGUCAAAGGAAGACUCUGAAGUUGUAACAAAAAUAAAAACAGAACCAGAAAGUGCUGUAGAUUUAGAAGCAAGAAUCCUGCAAUUAUGUGAAUCUAUACCAGACGGAAUUAACGAUGCAAUUAUUCAAAAUACAAUGCCUCAAUGCGAUGCUACUCAAAGAGUUAUGGCUGUUAAUCGACUUCUUUCAAUGGGAAAACUGGAUUUGAUUAAAAUUGGUAAUAAACUGUUGUAUAAAUUAAAAACAGCCGAUGCGGCAAGCAAUCAACUCAAAGGAAGUGAUCAUCAAGAAAAACAAAUUUAUCAAUUAAUUGAUGAAUCCAAAAAUAUGGGUAUAUGGAUGAGAGAUAUACGUCUUAAAAGUGGUUUACCAAUGUCUCAAGUACAAAAGACACUUAAAGUGUUAGAGAGUAAAAAAUUAAUUAAGGCUGUUAAUUGCGUUAAUGCUGCGAAGAAAAAAGUUUACAUGUUGUACGAUGUUGAACCUGAUAGAUCAUUAACAGGAGGAGCGUGGUAUAGUAAUCAAGAUUUUGAAUCAGAAUUUGUUGAUAUUCUUAAUCAACAAUGUUUUAAAUUUCUUCAACAAAAGCUUGCGCAGUCAAGAGAAGGAGAUUUGGAACCGACAGCAAAACGUAACGCUUCCUAUGCAUCGUCAACAGAAAUAUGGAAAUUUAUUUGUGAAUUAGGUAUUAGUAAAGUUAAAUUGGAAGUUGAAGAUAUCGAAACUAUUAUGAAUACGCUUAUCUAUGAUGGUAAAGUGGAAUUUACAGUUGUUCCAAACGGUGAUGGUAGCCAAUUAAAAAUAUAUAGGGCUGUCGUUAGCGUUGUUCCAACAUCUGGAUUUGUCAGAACCCCUUGUGGGGUGUGUCCUGUAUUUAACGACUGUUACGAAGAUUGGGAUAUCUCACCGUCAAAUUGCCAAUACAUGAAUGACUGGUUAAGUUUUUAGAUAAUAAAACUUUUAAACAAAAAUAAAAACUACUA